UUCGUGACGUGCGCAAGCAUCGCGUCGUUUUGAGUAUGCAAAACGAAUGUGAUCUUGCGUUUCCAUCUCCGCCUCCUUCUGGAGCCGAUAAGGAGAGGCGUUUCGUCAUGUGUAAAGAGACAGUUUUACCGCAAUGCUAUUUCAAUAGCUCUCCAGCUCCGUGCGAGAGCCACUGACCCAAGAGGAAAGGGUGGUGCCGCGCACUGGCAUAGUCCAUGUGCGUUUACGCGUUUAUUUGGAGUCGGCUCGCAGAGAAGAAGCGAGCGGAGCAGGUGUGCGCUUUCAGUCUAGAUUCAGACCUCGUCUCUCUCGUCCCUGACUUUGAUGGACUUACGUGCUGCGCGUUAACUGCGGUGGAUGACUCCAUAUGCUUGCUUAUUGCUCAGGGUGAAAGUGUCCUUCUUCAGAACACAGAUCAGCGGAGAUCUUCAUCAUGAAUACAGGUAGUGAUUCCCAGUCAUCAGAUUCAGAUGCCUGGCGUUCACACAGUGUGUCUGAGGGGUUAAGGAAUGGAGAUCCCAGCAGUUCGUCCUUGACUGCUAAAGGCUUCCGCAGCAUUAAACCAAACCUACAGGAUAAAAAAUCUCCGACACCGGUCCCCUCGCCACCCCCUCGGAGAGAGAGCUAUCACAUGACCCCUAACCCCCCAUCUUACAGUUCCCUUGCAUUGCUGUCAGACACCUCCCUCUCUUCCCCACAGAUUAAUGAAGUCAUUUCCUCAGGCUCUUACACCAUCCAAUCUAGUGCCACCUCCUCAUACUCAUACUCUAAGAACACCCGAACCUCCACUAGCACCUCUGGAGCCCCACUCGAGGAGCCCCCCUUGUCCCAACAGGCUAAUGCUAACAGUUUUAUCACUCGGGUUCUGGGGAACAAAUUGUCAUCCUCAAAAUUCUCAAGCGACCUACUAAAUGAAGCACCUAACAAGAUGAACAUGAUUAAAACUGACCCUAAGUCUAAAACUAAGCCAUCUGCUUCCCCACCUCAAAACCCCACUGCUACUUCUGAAACACACGUAGCUUCUCUCUCCGUCCAGUUAGCUCCUCGCAGUCCAGAACCUCAAGCAGAGGCCCAGUCAGGGCUUGAGACUAGAUCCAGGACAAACGCAGUGGACCACGCUGACCCCAUGCGAGCCCCUGUUGUACCACCAAGACCAGCAAGCAGUUUGGUGCGUGAGUUUUCCCCUGUAAGAGGGAGCACCGGGCCGUUCUCUUCUGGACCGCCCUCCCCAGACCCUUCAGCUCGCCGGUCACCGUAUAGCCGGGCCAGUCAGGAUUCCCCUGACUUCCUCUCAGGGUUAUUGCCCAAAGCCCUGUCACCAACACCCUAUACCCCUCUGGAACGUUCUGGGCUAAUGUCGGCCUCACCUGCCCCGUCACCAGUAACCGUGUCAGCGUUGAGUCAUUAUUCAUCAUCCACAGCUGGGCUGGAGGAGCUGCAGAUCUGCGGCAUGGACUCCUCCCCUGCAGGCACACCCACCCCAUCCCCCACACUCAGCCAUGCCUCCAACGUCCCUGACGAGCUUCCUACCGCCCCGUCAACUGCCAUGGGCACUAACGGUCAGAUGGCAGUGAACGGAAGCUCUCAAUCUCGGAGGCCCUUUUCUCCGCCUGUGUACCCGCCUCCACCCCCAAACCUCAGCCCUGGCCUGGUAAAGAUCCAGCAGGGUCGUAGUUCAGAGGGUUCAGAGACGGUGAAGAGAGAGACCAUUGUCUCUGGUCAGACAGUGGUCAGUAGCUCUGUGCCCAUUGCUCGUUUCUCAGAGGAAGAGAAGAAGGUGUCCAUCAUAAAAGCUCCCCAUUACGAAGGCAUUGGACCAGUGGAUGAGUCAGGCAUUCCCAUCGCCAUCCGAACGACUGUGGACAGACCCAAGGACUGGUACAAGACCAUGUUCAAACAGAUCCACAUGGUUCAUAAAGCAGAUGAUGACUAUGCAGACACAUACAAUGCAACAUACGCUGUCAUAAACGAUGAAAAUUACCCUCCUGUCCAUGCCCACCCGCCCCCUCGAACGCACACCUACCGGCCUCUCUCUAGAAAUACCUCAGACACGCCAGACGGUGCCGUCCACCGGGAGCUCUCGCCAUCUCCCGUGCCCCCUCCACCCCCUCCGAUGCCCUCUCUCCUCCAGCUCCGCUCACGAGACAUGGACAGAGAGAAAGAGUUCUCGCACGACCCAAAUGAGUGGGGUCCUCCAGAUCGAAAAGUGGACACACGUAAAUACCGAGCAGAACCACGGAGCAUCUUUGAAUAUGAGCCUGGCAAAUCCUCAAUCCUUGAGCAAGAAAGGCCUAUGUUUGAUUUAAACCCAGAUGACAUAGAUUUAGAGAAUGAGCCUUGGUUUAAAUUCUUUUCCGAGCUGGAGUUUGGACGGCCGCCUCCUAAAAAGAGGUUGGAUUAUAAUCCUGACUACUCCACAAAUGCUGUGGCACAGUCAUCCCUCUAUCUCUCGCCUUCCGAACGACCUGACGGCACUACAAGUUCUGCGAGUGACUACAAGACAAGGCGAAAGUCGGAACCAUCUGUCACUCAAGCCAACACAGGAAGUGAGCAGAAUGUCAGUCAAGUGUUUUCCCGCCCACUGGAUGCCAGUAAAGCACAGACACUGAAGAAGCCCACCAUACGUUCCUCGCCCUCCUCACCAUCCAGACCCAAAGCUGGAGAUGCUAGUGAGUCACUCUCCUCCUGUAUGAGCUCUCCAGGUAUGGAGCGCCCUUCCUCCCAUCUCUCCUCAGACUCCCUCACUAUCUCCACACCAACCUGGCGUGGCUCCAAACGCUCCAUCUGCUUCAAGAACGGUUGGCAGACAGGCCGGCAUGAAGCUGCGGAGACUUGGAGUAGUGUUGACGAUGAAUCUGUCGUGACUCCUUCAUCACCACGGCUCAAAUCACGCAGCUGUGAUGACUUGCUGUCUGACGGACAUGGUGCUAAUAAUAAUGGAAGAGCGUCCACUUCUGUGACUACCACUCGCUCUGAAAGUGCAGAUUCAUUGCUUGAUGAAGACACUCCACAGAAACCUCAAGUAAAAAGUCUUACCUCAUCUCCCAGGGGACGCCGACAUCACCGGCGUAAGAUGCCACACGAUGCUCCAGGUUUCCUUCAGCUCUACAAGAAAAUGCACCACAUAGACAGAGAACAAUUAUUGCCCUCAGAGGUGAUCCGUUCUGUACGUGCAAGAAUCCUUGAGCUGGAGCGGCUACAACAACAACAGAGGCACAACCUCCACGGAUGGGCACCUUUUGGUAAUGAGGUACCACGACAAAUGGUCCCAAACCGUAUAUCGGAAUAUGAACAGCUUAUCCAGAAAUCCAAGUCCAUGCCAGACCUUGGUGAUGAAAAUGCCCCAUCAGGCACCACCACACCAGGGUCCUCGAGGGCCAGCAGCUGUCCCAAACGACGCUUUUCUGUGGAAUCACUUUUGGAGGAGGAGGAUCCUCCAGAAAGGGCUCGAAGUCCCCCUGAGGGACAGCCAAGACCAGGACCAGACAACAGUAGCCUGGUGCAAAUUUAUGGGAAGAACCAGAGGCAGCAUCAAGACUACUCAGACAGUGAGCAAGACGCAUGUGCCUCCGAAAUGAGUGACGUCCACAUAGAAGGGUCUUCACUGUGUAGCGAGAGCGACCUGGAUCAUUGCUCACUUACCUCAUCGGAAAGCUUCUUUGGUUCUGGGCAGCAUCACCAUCAUGGACACCAUCAUCAUGGACACCGUUACCACCGGCACCAUCACCUCCACCAGAGUGUGGGUCAGAGUCAAGGUUACCAACACCGCCACCUCAUCAGCUCCUGUAAGGGUCGCUGCCCGGCAUCCUAUACACGAUUCACCACCAUGCUAAAACACGAGAGACAACAAGAAAGGGCUCGGCAGGAGUCCCACACUGCCGCUACGUCUCCACUAGCGCAACAGUCACCCAGUGAGUCAGGCCUUUCAAAACUUGCCUUCCUGGUCAGCCCUGUGCCUUUCCGCCGGAAACGAGGCUCCCCACCAACCCAACAGCGACACUGCAGAAGCGGUCGGCCAAAAUCCAAAACCGCAAUUUAUGAGGCUUUAGAUGCCGCUUUGCAGGACAUUUAUGACCACAUAAGGGCGGAAAGGGGGCAGGGACCAGCAAGGUUGCCAGAUGAUAGCAUAUUGCGGCGGUUACUGGAGGAGUUGCUACCAGACGUGCCCAAACGUAGCUCCUCCUUGCGGGCACAGAGAGGGUCCGGCUCCCCCUCCUCGCUCAAUGUCAACCAGCCUUACCAUGGAGCCCACCAAUGUGCCUCCUACCAGCAGCAACACCACCUUACAGACGCCUUCAACAACAACCAGCAUAAUGCUAAUGCUAAUGUGCACUGCUACUCAGAUCAGGGCUCUGAUGCAGGACGUCUCACACCACAAAGCAGAAGACCCACGCCAGAAAGAGAGAAACAGUCUGCCAGGGCUAUUUAUGAUUUUAAAGCUCAGUCUGCAAAGGAAAUUUCCUUUAAGAAAGGUGAUGCUGUCAGCAUCAUCAGACAGAUUGACAGUAACUGGUAUGAGGGGGAACACAGAGGACGGAUUGGGAUUUUCCCCAUCUCUUAUGUCGAGAAGGUGGCGUCUCCAGAGCGGAGGCAGCCUGUCAGGCCUCCUCCUCCGGCUCAGGUUCGAGAGAUGGGAGAAGCCAUAGCACGAUACAACUUCAAUGCUGACACUAACGUGGAGCUUUCUCUUAGAAAGGGGGAGCGAGUGAUCCUGCUAAGGAAGGUGGAUCAGAAUUGGUAUGAAGGAAAGAUUCCUGGUUCAAACAAGCAGGGCAUUUUCCCAAUGUCCUAUGUCGAUGUGACCAAGGGCUCUCCUUCCAAGAGCCCCAGUCACCAAGGAGACACGCACACAUACAGGGCACAUAAGGACUAUACAGAGUCCUCCCAUUUGCAGUGUCUUGAUUCUGCCACUAAGACACACCUUCAGACAGUCACUAGCGAAUGGCUGUCUCUCACAUUGGGUGUCUCUACCACUUGCCCAUCUUCCCGUGGCAGUCCACUCCCACCCACCCCUCCUCCAUUACCCAGCAAUCUACACUACGCUGGCCCCCAGUCCCCCCCUCCACUUGUGCGAAGGUCCACCCCACCAAGAAGCCUUUCCUCAAAAUGCUCCCCUUUUCCUAGCCAAGGACCAAUUACUUCAGAGUUCUCAAAUAUUUUGCUUUAUUCUCAUGAACAUCUCUACAGAGAUGAACUGACAGCAAUAGAUGUACCAGAAACAUUUGGUUUACCAGUGAAACAGAUUACAGACCAUAAUCAAGCUCUGUUAGGAAUGGAAAGAAAGGGGCAUGAUGGUAAAAAGUUCUUAGAAGACAUGUAUUUAAAGGAGCAAAGCUUGAAACAAAACCAUGACCCAUCCCAGCUAUUAAACAAACCUGACCCACAUGGCGAACUUAUGUCAAUGUUUCUGAAAAAUCAACUUUAUAAUGAACUUGAAUUCCGAUUGGCCAGUCGAUCAAAAAACAUGGCUAAACGAGAAGUAUUACCUGAUAAGCCCCUGUCCAUCAGUGCAAGCCACAGAUCAGAAAAUAUACUGGAUAAACAUCAUGAUAUCUAUGAGAAAAAGGCUGAGGAGCUGCUGUCAGUCCUUUUGAAUGAGAAAACAGAGAUUUACAGUCCAGUAGAAGCUAUAAAAUGGGAGGAACUUCCUGAGUUGUACAUAAAGGAAGAGGAUGAUGAAACAAACAACAGAUCAGGCUUGGAAAUGGUUUCAAAAAAAGAGGCUGACUCCUCCUCCAUCACUCCAUCUCUGCCAUUCUCCACCUCCCCUAUGCCUAAUUCCUCCUUUACUCUCUCUUCCACUAGUUUUUCUCCAUCACACAUUGAAUCAUCUGCCUCUGCUGUUCACUAUUCUCCACCGUCUUCUUCCAAAGCUUCUCCAUGUCCUUCUCCUUCUUCUAUUCCUCUUGCUUCAUCUCUUCCUUUGGUGCCUUAUUCCUCCUCUGUCCUCCAAACCUCAUUUGCUGCUUCUCCUUCAGACUCUCCUCUCCCUCCAUUAUCUCUCUCCACUCCUCCUCCAUCUCCUCCAAACUCCCCAAUCCCUCUUCCUCCUCCUCCUUCAUCGACUCUCAAUAUUCCUACUUCUUUGCCUAUUUCUUUCCCUUCUAACUAUCAGUCAUCUCCUUCUCCACCUCCCUCAUUUCCGCAACCCCUUCCUCCAUCCUCUCACCUUUCUUCUCCUACUUCCACUCCUAUUUUCUCAAAUAUCCCUUCCUCCCACUCUCCUUCUCCCCAUCUCUCCCAAAUCCCUCCAUCUCCUCCUUCAUCUCCUAUUCCUUCUUUGCAUCCUCCUCUUUAUUCCUCCUGCCAGCCUCUUCUACCAACUAUUCCAGCCUCUCCACCCUCCACUCCCUCUCCUCCUCCAUCUUCUUCAGACCACGUCCCAUCUCCUCCCAGGUCUCCUUCACACCUCACCUCUCCUCCUGCAUCCUCUGUGUCUGUAGUCUCCACUCAGCCCUCUUUUCCUCCUCUCUCCCCACGUUCACAGCCUCGUUCUCCUAAGAUUAAGGUAAAAAGAAUGAACAAAACAAUGUAUUCAGGGCUGCUGUGUGAUGCAUGUGAUACAACCUGUAACGUUUUCAACAUUAAACAAAGAUUAAAAGUAAGAUCAUAUGGUUAUGCACCUUGAACACUCAGGGGAAAAAAAGAGGCUUGUGUUGCAGAAGUAUUAAUUUGACACAAUUACAAGGGUUUUAAGUAAGUUCUUAAAGGGCUAGUUGACCCCAAAAUGAAAAUUUUGUUAUUAUAUAUGCAUCCUCAUAUUGUUCCAAACCACCAAUAGAAAUAUAAAGCUUCCAAGCUGUUCCUGAUGAGCAGAGCCAAGCUGCGACAUAUAAACCACUUUUAUGGUGCCUUUUUGGUGUUUUCUGUUGCCAUGCAAAAUAUAUCAAUACAAUUGGACAUUGGAUGUUAAAUUAUGCAAGCUGAAUAGUUGAUUAAAGGCGGGCAUACACAGUGCGAUUUUUGCUGUCGUACGAGUUCGCAUGCAAUUUUUUUUUUUUCAAUUGUGUAUCAUGUGCGAGGAAUUAUGAGCCGAGCAGAGUGCCUUACGAGCACUUCCCGACCUCCCGAUCAUUUUUAAACAUCGGUUUAAACUAUCAGUUUGAAUUCAUGGCGUGCGGUUGAACGACCCGAUUUGUUGAUCUAUCUGAAGUUGACCAAUCAAGAACUAGGAAAACCACAGAAGAAGAAAGACGAAGACUGCAGUGCCAUGGCUAAUGUGGACUAUUGACGCUAUUGACCAGGGGGAUUAACUCGCUGAACUCUGACAGGAACAGCGAGCGCUGUAUGAUGUUUCUAGCAGCAUGUACCAUGCUUUUUAAUUCUCUUGCUCUCUCUCUCAUACACAUACACACACACACACACUUAUGUAGUUCAUGGGGGACUCUCCAUAGACAUAACGGUUUUCUAUACUGUACAAACUGUGUAUUCUACAGUAUCCCCAUACACUACCUCUAUCAAUCACAGAAAAAAUGCAUGUUUCAAAUUUCAAUUAAACACCAUUUAGUAUUUUUUAAAGAGAUUUGGUUUAUGAGGGCAUGGGAAGUGUGCUCAUUUACGUUGUAAAACCCAUGUCAUUAUAGACAUUUGUGUCUCCAUAAACCACACACGCGUUCGACUUGAUCACUUGUAUGACAUCAAAGUAUAGCGAGAGCGAUUCGACUGCUUUGGAUCCGUGUGCUCUCUUAAGCCGGGCAUACACUCUGCGAUUUUCAUCCGAUUUUGAGCCGAAUUCUGACUCGUGUACGCCCGCCUUAAUCGACAUUUGCGAAGUCAUGCAGUUUGUGAUGGACAGAUUGCUAAUAGCAAGUCUAUGGUAAUACAAUACAUCAGGCAGGACAUCCAAAUUCUCGCCUAUCAUUCAUCAACCUCAAAUAUGGCUUAUCAUCUGAAAUAUGUAUUAGCAACUUUACAUGGCCACUUAAUCUAAUGUUAAGCUUGAGAAAUGUGCACUAUUGAAGUGUCUGUGUAGCGUGUGGAAGAUGAUCAGUAGUGCUCACUGCAGGACAGAUUGAGGCGCAGGUGCUUCACUUGCUCUUAAAAUACUCUCUUAUUUUUGUCAUAUGGAUAAGAGUAAUAAAUCCUUCAAAUCUGUAAAGACUCAAGGGUUGUUGGGUUGUUUUUUUUUUGCACUCACAAUAACAACAAAUCGUACUUUUGUAAAAUAAUGAAAGCAAACAGGAUGUGCUUUCUGCCAUCUCUGUCUCUGUGAACUUGAGUUGUGUCUCUGUGAAUGUAAAUGCGGUCUCCUUACCGUUUUUCCCUGACACAUUCAUAAUCAUUACUUCUGCUGUACACUGUGGCAAGCUUUAUGCUUGAGCACUUAUUAGGCUAUGUAGGCAAUUAAAGGCUCAUUAUAAUGAUUUAAAUGGUUUGUUAAUAAACGUGCGAUUAGUCAACUAAUGCUUCAAAUGUACGACAACUAGUCGACCAGAAAAUUCCUUAGUCGAGGACAGCCUAAGAAUUUAGAUAAAUAAUUUGGUGGCUAAACUCACUUGCAGCAUUUGCAAUUAUUGUUUUAGUUAUUAGUGUUUAUUUUUAAUUAUUUUUAUUUUUAAUUGAUACCAAACAGUAUAUAAUUUUAAGAUGAGCAAUUUAUUGUUAAUGAGUCAUAACAUACAGUGACAGAAUUACAGAUUUUUUUAUUUUAUUUAAUUUUUUCACUAAUGACAGAUUUUUGUGUACAAGAUUUUAAUAUCUGUAUCCUUGCAUUUCUGUACUUAUUAGAUGGGUACUUAAAUGGGAUAUAUGACAUUGUUUCAGUUUUAUGUUAAGGGACGUAACAUUUCGCAAGCUUAAGGUAUUCACCACCCCAAUCACAAUGUACUGAAUAGCUGGCCAAUCAGCAUGCACCUCGCUUUUCAUACUGAUGAGCUUUGUAGAAAUCCACACAUUUAAGAAAGGCGGGGCACAGAGGAGAAACAAUAAUGUACAGUAUGUGGAAAAUAAUGUUUUUUGAACCUUAAACUGCAAAAAAAAAAAAAAAAAA